GGCAUUUCGAAUAGCUGGUUAUGCCUUUUGGCCUUACAAAUUCCUCAUCCACGUUCCAACCGGCUAUGACGACGGAGUUCCGACACAUGCUGGACAUAUUUGUACUCGUCUACCUCGACGAUGUUUUGGUGUACAGCCAGAGUUUGGACGAGGAUGUGGAGCACCUGCGCACCGUUUUGGAGCGGCUACGACAAUCCAAGUACAAAGCCAACCGCGACAAAUGUGAAUUUGUGCGGCAGGAGCUUGAGUACUUCGGCCAUUAUGUGACGCCGCAAGGCAUCCGUGCCGUUUGUAUUCGACGACGAAGUCAGUCAUUCCAAGCACUCAAGACGACCAUGCUCAUGACACCUGUCCUUAGCAUCUACGACCCCACCUUGCCAACGAGAGUGACAACCGACGCCUCCAACUAUGGUAUUGGGGCAGUCCUGGAACAACAUGACGGCGACGACUGGCAUCCCGUGGAGUACUUCAGCCACAAGGUGCCUCCCAUCAACUCACCUGAUGAUGCAAGGAAGAAGGAGCUGCUCGCGUUCGUGAUCGGUCUCAAGCGAUGGCGGCACUUCCUCCUUGGGCAUCGUAGGUUCACAUGGAUCAUGGAUAACAACCCAUUGACCUACUGCAAGACGCAAGAUACGGUGAGCAGCACUAUCGGACGAUGGAUGUACUUCAUCGACCAAUUUGACUUCACACCGAAACAUCUUGCCGGCCUCUCCAAUCGAGCAGCAGACGCACUCUCGCGAAGACUCGAUCUUUGCGCUAUAACACAUCAAGCCUUCGCAUUCGACGAGGAACUCCAGCGGCAGUUCAUCCAGGGCUACCGGUCCGAUCUGGAUUUCGCACCGCCAUAUGCACAACUAUCUUUGGAUCACCCGCCGGCCAACAAUUAUCGCAUCGUCGACGGGUACUUGCUUCUCCACUCGCGAGGCAAGGACUUACUCUGCAUACCACGAGACCGUCGUCUUCGGACUCGCAUUCUCGGCGAGUACCACGACUCGCGACUUCCCGGCCAUUUCGGAGGGGUGAAGGAGAAGGAGGACAAGGAGAAGAACAAGAAAGAAGAAGAGGAAGGAGCAGGGACACACAAGAAGAAAGACGGAGGGAGGAGGAGGAGGAGGAGGUGGAAGAAGAAGAGGAAGGAAGAGGAAGAGGAAGGAAGACAAAGGAAGAGGAAGAGGAAGGAAGACAAAGGAAGAGGAAGAGGAAGGAAGACAAAGGAAGAGGAAGAGGAAGGGGGAGGAGGGGGAGGAGGAGGAGGAGAGGAAGAAGAAGAGGAAGGAAGACAAAGGAAGAGGAAGAGGAAGGAAGACAAAGGAAGAGGAAGGAAGACAAAGGAAGAGGAAGAGGAAGGGGGAGGAGGAGGAGGAGGAGAGGAAGAAGAAGAGGAGGAGGAAGAAGAAGAAGCAGAGAAGAAGACGANGGAGGAGAGGAAGAAGAAGAGGAGGAGGAAGAAGAAGAAGCAGAGAAGAAGACGAAGAAGAAAAGGAGGUAGAGGAAGAAGGGGAAGAGGAAGGAAAAGGAAGAGGAGGAGGAAGGAGAAGAGGAAGAAGAAGCAAAGGAGGAAGGAAAAGAAAGAGGAGGAGGAAGGAGGAGGAAGAAGAGGAGGAAGAAGAGGAAGAAGAGGAGGAAGAGGAGGAAGACGAAGAGGAGGAAGAAGAGGAGGAAGAAGAAGAAGAGGAGGAGGAAGACGAGGAAGAGGAGGAAGAGGAGGAGGAGGAAGAAGAAGAGGAAGAAGAGGAAGAAAAAGAGGAGAAAGGAGGAGGAAGAGGAAGAGGAAGAAGAACGAUAAAGACAAAGGGGACAAGGAAGAAGGAAGAAGAAGAGGGAGGAGGAGGAAGACGAGGAGGAAGGAGGAAGAAGAAGAGGAGGAAGGAGGAGGAGGAAGAGGAGGAGGGAGGAGGAAGAGGAAGAAGAAGCAGAGGAAGAGGACCGAUAAAAAGAAGAGGAAGGAGGAGGAAGACGAGGAGGGAGGAGGAAGGAGGAAGGGGAGGAAGAGGAGGAGGAAGGAGGUAGAGGAAGAAGCAGAGGAAGAGGAACGAUAAAGAAGAAGGGGAGGAGGAAGGAAAAGCAAAAAGAGGAGGAAAGAGGAGAAGGAAGGAGGAAGAGGAGGAGGAAGGAGGAAGAUAAAGAGGAACAAUAAAGAAGAAGGGGAGGAGGAAGGAAAAGGAAGAGGAGGAGGAAGGAGAAAAGGAGGGAGGAGGAAGAGGAAGAGGAACAAUAAAGAAGAAGGGGAGGAGGAAGGAGGAAGACGAACCACAUCUGCGAGCAUGUGAUGUUUCGACAUAAAAUCAAGCCCUUGUAAAUGA